AUGUCGGAGCCGAUGCCAGAGGCUGACAAGCAGUUUGGCCCCGAUCAAGAUCAUCCUGAUUAUGUCAUGCCCAAGAUGAGGUUCCGCAGGAAUCGUGGCAAGAACCCUGGCAAGAGAUCCCGUGACAAAGCUCUGCAAAGAGAGAAAUUGCAGGACAAACCUGUCCGCUUGCUACCGCCUGGAACUUUGACAGAGUACCUAGGCAUGCUCCAGGCAAAGUAUCCAGCCGAGAAGUUCUCUCUGAAGCUUCUGUGCUCAGUAUGGGGAUCGAGCUUUACCAAGAUGGCAAUCAGACGUGUGUCCCAGCACAGUACAUGCAGCACAUGCACACGUCACAAAAUGAUUCUGAAACGCCUUUCCUCUGACAAGCGGGCCCGUGCCAUGCAGAUGCUGGAGUACCAAAAACAUUUGGUACGCCAAUACCAGGACAGAGUGAAGUAUUGGCAGGCCCGUGCUCGCUCCCGUUUGGGGAUGCAACCCAGUGGCGUUUCCACCAUUACAUUGGUGGUAGACGGCAUGGACAAAAGCAAAUACCGGUAUCCACGCAGUGCAGUUUGCAGUUCGAAAGAAUUCGCAGGACUGGUACGACCAGCCUUGGAUGUUUCUGCGAUUAUAUGCCAUGGAUACAAUGUCGUGGUGGCCUGCUCAGAGCCAUAUGUUCCAAAGAGUUCAUCCUGGACCACGGAGUUGAUUGCCCAUGCCCUGUCAAAAGUGGCUUCACAAACUGAUGUCCGUAGCUGCCAGAUCCAUAUACAAAUGGAUAAUUGCGGAAGAGAAAAUAAAAAUAAUACUGUAUGUCGAUUUGCCGGAAUGAUGACGGGAUCUGGCCGCUGCCAUUCAUGCCUGCUUUCCUUUUUGGAAAGCGGGCAUUCACACGAGGACAUAGAUCAGUUUUUUUCAACCUUAUCAAAUCUAAUUGAAGGCCGCCGGGAGAUCCACACACCGGACCAAUUCGUGACCAUCCUUGACUCCUUCUUACAAGACCAGUCUGUCAGGCCUUUUGAGCAGGAACGUUAUGUUUGCAAAGUUGACACGGUACGUGAUUGGAAAUCCUACUUGCACCUGGCUUGCUCUGGCAACCAUUUGGGAGGCAUUGGAGGGCCGUCAGCUCCUCAUGUUUUUUCCUUUGAUCGCCGUGAAAAUUUACCAGGAUUUGAAGACAAUACCAAUGUGUCAACAAAGUUCUGGGGACUCAGUCAUGUCCCUCACCCGAAGGAUGUCAUCCUGAGGACCAAGCAGUGGAUGAGUGAUGAUUCCUGGCAGAUGGCUCUACUAUAUUUGCCAGCACAACUGUGCAAUGCUUUUGCAUCAUCAGCCGUUGUGCCUGAAGGACAAGAGCCUUUUCGGAUGCAUGAAGCUGCUUCUCAUCUGGAGAGUUUGGCAAAGAACGAAGUGCCCAAUGAGAUUCGGAUGAACUAUGAACGCUUGCACGGUGGGGAGCUUCUCCGCUAUGUUGGCAAGAGACGUCAAACCAAUAUCUACAGAGCUGCAGCCCGACUCUGGGGUCGCGGGGUAUCAUGGAAUGAGGCCAUCAGUAUAGUCACUGAAGCCUUUGACCAGUCCAUGGCGAUCUGA